AUGUACGUCGGUCGUACCCUGUUAGUGCGUCGGUCGACAGAGGCUAAUGAGCUUCUAAGUGUGAUUUUUGACGUCGAAGAUGCCCGGAGUGAAGACGUUGGCCCCGGCUGGGUUAGGCUAAACCCGGAUGACCCCGAGGACAACGGUAUCCAAGGGCAGCAUCCGUUGCGAUUCCGGCUCCGAGAUGGUGAAGAGUUUCUAAUAGGGAUCUACCAAACGAUUUCGCCGAACGUAGGGAGGGUUUACCAAAAAGAUGAAGGACUAGGCUAUUGUGCAGCCAAUGGAGGUAGUUAUGGCUCUGUAUAUAAAGGCAUUCUCGAUCAGGAAGAAAAUAUAGUUGCUAUAAAGGUCCUCCAUCUUCAGCAGAAAGGAGCUGAGAAGAGCUUUAUUGCUGAAUGUAAUGCAGUGAGAAAUAUAAGGCAUCGGACUCUUGUGAAGAUUUUGACAUGUUGCUCUAGCGUGGAUUAUCAUGGGAAUGAGUUCAAGGCUUUAGUAUUUGAGUUUAUGCCAAAUGGAAAACUAGAGAAGUGGUUGCAUCAUGAGCUGAUUGAUGGCAAUAUUUUACACAAAGGUCUGAGCAUGAUUCAAAGACCAAAUAUUGCUGUUGAUGUGGCCUCUGCAAUAUACUAUCUUCAUGAAGAUUGUGCUGAGCCGAUCAUUUACUGCGACUUGAAGCCUAGCAACAUUCUUCUUGACAAUGAAUUGGUUGCUCAUGUAAGUGAUUUUGGAUUAGCAAGGUUGAUCUCAAACACUACCGGCUUUUCCUAUAGUCAAACAACUGGAAUUAUGGGAACUAUUGGUUAUGCCCCUCCAGAGUAUGCAAUGGGUAGUGAGCCAUCAAGAAAGGGGCGUGCGUAUAGCUAUGGGAUCCUUCUGUUGGAGAUGUUCACCGGAAAGAGACCCGCCGAUGAAAUGUUCAAAGAUGAUUUCAAUCUUCAUAACUUCGUUAAAAAGGCCUUGCCAGAAGGACUUGUGCAGAUUGCAGACUCCGCUCUUCUCCCUAGAGAAGUAGACGAAAACUGCGGCAACAGUGGAGGCAUUGAGAUUGACGAAGAGGAUUGACUUUAUAUACUAGUAAAACGAAUGAAACACGUUAGCGAAUACAAGUACCGAGACCUAACGGGAAACUAACAAACAAAAUCUAUUGAUUUUAAGGUGGAGUUAUUUUCUAUUAUUUUUUUAUUUUUAGGAAGAGCUAUUUUUUGUUAAUCAGUGUCGUUUUUAGGUGAUGCUUGUUUUUCCUCUCGUUUCAACUUUUGUCGUACCUCUUACUUAGCCAAUAGGAUUUUGUCGUUUUCUAUCUUUCGUGUUCGGCCGGUUCUUGUUUUCUGGCGGUUCACGACCCUAUCUAUUUAUUAUAGGUGUAAGAAGAUCAUACUAUCGACUUCAGCAUCCUCGUAGCCACAGGAGUUUUUGUCAUUUUCAUCGUUCUUGGUUUGCCAGUCUUCGUUGU